GGGAUUCAAUAUCUUGUGAGAGUACGGAAAUCUUAUGAUACGAGUCAACUUGGCAGAACAAGCUUAAGUUGUUCACUGUAAAGACAUCGAUCCUGAGCAGCCGUCCUCACAACAUGUCUCAGCACACUUCACAUUGACAUUUAGCACAAUUAGAUCGAGCAGUAUAACAUGGAGAUCGAGCAAGGCCUCCGAGCAGUGGAAUUCUACAGUGGCAUAGGAGGCAUGCACUAUGGGCUCCAGCAGGCAUGCCCCACAGCGCAGGUCGUGGCAGCUUUCGACCUGAAUGGGGUUGCCAAUGACGUCUACGAGCACAAUUUUGGCUGGCGCCCCUGGCAAGGCAACCUGGAAGGUGUCUCCGCAAGUGUCCUGGACGGUUUUAAUGCCCAGCUCUGGUUGAUGGCACCACCCUGCCAACCCUUCACCAGAAGGGGGCUGCAGCAGGAUGUUGCUGAUCCGCGAUCAGCCUCCUUCUUGAAAUUGAUCAGCAUUUUGCCCAGCUUGCGGCAUCCCCCACAAUACGUGAUCGUGGAGAAUGUCGUAGGCUUUGAGGCAUCCAGCAUGCGCAAGCAGCUGGCAGCAGGUCUCAGUGCUGCAGGAUUGGAUAUGCAGGAGUUUCUGCUGAGCCCUCUGCAGCUGGGCAUUCCCUAUUCAAGGCCCCGGUACUAUGCAUUGGCGCGCCAAAGGACUCCCAGUGGCGCCUGCCCCUUCCCAACAGCCCCCUUGCCCGACGCCCAGCCGUUCUGCUGCCCAGCCAACUCACUGCUGCCACAUGCAAGUAAAAGUGUGCCACCACCAGCCAGUGCUGAAUGCAGCAGCACACAGAACAAUGGAAACUGCUCAGCUGGAGAAAGCUCCUUGGGUGGAGAUUUGACACCGCAAAGUGCCACGCAGAACAGCAGAGCAGAGGUCAGCAAGGCAUUGUUGCCGAUAGCAGCGUUCCUGGUAGAGCGGCCCAGCCCUGUGGACGGCGCCAAUUCACUACAAGCAGGCAGCAACGCAAGUGAUGCUGGGGACGGGGCGCUGGAAUCUGAGGCAGAUGGGCCGGUCAGCAAUGCUGCUACAGAGGAAUCUGAGGCACCGGAGGACUUCUUCUGGGUCCCUGACAACGUGAUAGAGCAGUGGGGAGAGGUGCUGGACAUUGUGGUGCCCUCCUCGCAGCGAUGCAACUGCUUCACGAAGACUUACACCCGCUACACAAAGGGUUCCGGGUCACAAUUGGCAACAAGGAGCUUGGAUCUGCUGCGCGCUAUGCGGCUGCGCUACUUCACUCCGCGGGAGAUCGCCAACCUGCACUCCUUCCCGGCCGGCUUCUCCUUCCCCGCGCAUGUCACCCUGCGCCAGCGCUACGCCCUGCUGGGCAACAGCCUCAGCGCGCUCGUCGUGGCGGACCUGCUGCGUUACCUCCUGCACUGA